AGUCUGUUAUGGUUACAGUGGACAGAAGAGCCUGACUCACAGAGCCGGGGCGGUGUCUGUGUAUAAAAGCCUCUGCUGCUUUUCUCUCAGUCUCCUGCUCAUUUUCUGCCCUCUCCUCUGCCAGAGACUCCUCACGUUUUCCACGUCCGCACACAUUCCCAGCAGCCAUGCCUUCUGACCUGGAGACAGCCAUGGAGCUGCUCAUCGUGGUGUUCCACCGUUACGCCUCUCAGGACGGCCGAGCAGGGACUCUGAGCCGGCGGGAGCUCAGGCAGCUGAUGGAGAAUGAGCUGGCCAACUUCCUCAAGUCUCAGAAGGACCCUGGUGCCAUCGAUAAGAUAAUGAAGGACCUGGACGCCAAUGGUGACGGCCAGGUGGACUUUGAGGAGUUUGUUGCUCUGGUAGUUGGACUGUCUGUUGCCUGUGAGCAGUGCUAUAAGAUGCACCAAGGACUGAAGUCGGCAAAAAAGUGAAAGACAGAAAGCAAAGUGAAGAUUAAUACACCAAGAAUAUUUUUUGUAAAGAUUGUUUUGUCAAAUAAACUCAUUGGAUGAUUUUAAA